GAAGUAUCUAAAAGCUGAGAAAGUUCCAAAAUGACCAACACUUACCUUGAUUUUAGGGAUAUUAAGGAAAUUCAGCAGAGACUGAAACAGCCAGAUAUAGUUGCAGAUGAUGAAGCAAUCAAAUCAGAAGCUAUAAUGGUUAUACGCCUCAUGUCGAAAGGAGUGGAUACAUCAGUACUGUUCCCUGAGAUGGCCAAACUACUAGCACACAAUGACUUCAGUAUAAAGAAGAUGGCGUGUUUAUUUGUUACAAAUUACACAGAUACUUCAAAUGCAAAUAUAUUACUUGCCUUGAAUUCCUUGCUCAAAGAUACGGUGAAUGGAAACCCUAUGAUUCGUGGUUUGGCACUUAAGACACUCUCAUCGUUACGUCAGAAGGAUCUGCUGGAGCAUGCGUUCACUCCCAUAAUGCAAGGUUUUACUGAUAGGAGUUCAUACGUACGUCGCUGUGCAAUCAGUUCUGCCUUAAAGGUUCAACAGACUGUUCCAACAUUUAUUCAAGAGCAUGGCAUUGUUGAUGAACUGUAUAACUGCCUUCGAGAUGGGGAUCCUAUUGUGGUAGUCAACUCAAUCUCUGCGCUAGAGACAAUUCUUCAUGCAGAGAACGGAAUUGUCAUUAACAAAAACAUUGCGUUCCAUUUGCUUAACAAUUUGGAUCAAUACACAGAGUGGGGACUGGUGACUGUAUUCAAAGUUCUGAGAAAAUUCAAAUCUCAGACUGAAGAUGAAAUAUUUCAAAUUAUGAACAUAGCUGAUAAGUUCUUCCAGCAUCACAACAGUUCAGUUGUUGUAACUGUGAUGGAAUUGUUUUUAAAUCUCAUUCAGGAUUUCCCACACUUGAGAACUGAAGUAAUGUCACGUGGAAAGAAGAACUUGUUAAAGUUCAUCAGCACUGGAAAUGUGGAACUUUCAUGGUCCAUUCUGUGUUUUCUUAAACCAUUUAUUGUCAAAGAGCCUGUGGAUUUCCAGGAUCAUUAUACGGAAUUCUUUUGUGUGUACUCUGAGCCUGUACAUUUGAAGUCGGAAAAAGUGGACAUUUUGUCAAUAGUAGCAACACCAGCUAAUGUAGCCCAUAUAGCAGAAGAACUAAGUAUGUAUUGUAGUGAUACUGACAAACAUAUGUCUAAAUGUGCUAUCAAAGCUCUUGCAAAUAUUGCUGAAAAUAUACCCAAGACAUUCAACAUGUGUGUAAAGAAACUAUUGAAAUUACUGAACCUUGAAAUCAGCUACAUAUCAUCAAAUGUGCUUCAAACGCUGUGCAAUCUCGACCUCGCAAAAUAUGAAAAUAUCAAAGCUUUGGAUGCCAUUGCUAAAUGUUAUGAAACAAUAACAGAUAAUCCUGGGAAAAUAUCUCUGUUUUAUCUACUUGGACAAUAUGGGGAACACAUACUGGAAAGUCCUUAUAUCUUAGAGGAGAUAGUAGGAGAAAUAUCAGAGCUCGAUCAGGAAAAUACAAUGUUGAAGAUGUCUUUGUUAAGAAAUAUAGUGAAACUCUUUUUGAAGAGACCUGCAGAGAGCCAAGAAAUGUUGGGUAGAAUGUUGGAGAUUUGUGUCCAUGAUAAAAGUGUUGAAGUACAAGAAAGGGGAUUAUUUUACUAUAAACUUUUACAGUGCAAUGGUAAAGAGGUCAAGAAAGUAAUGGAUGUUCUUUAAUACUGUAAUAAUGCCAAUAAUGCUUCGGCGUAGGCCUUGUAUCUGUUUGUAUGAUGUAUUAUGAAAUAAAGGAAAUAUAUAAA